AUGGCUACCCCGGAGUUCGGGACACCAACAUCUUUUGAUGAUGUUGACAGAGCAGUAUCUGUGUCAGCCGAGAAGUUGCAGGGCUCAAAAGUAGUAGUUCUGGGAGCAAAAAAGUUGGAGACAGGGAAAGAAGUUCGUGUUGUAUUGCCAGAAGAAAAGUACCUUGGACGUCUUCAAGAAAUUAUUGUGAGGGAUUACUUCCCUGAACUGCCGAAAUUGAAAGCUCAGAAGGAAUAUUUGGAUGCAGUUGCAGCUAAUGAUUUAAUUAAGAUUCGUGAGUUGCAACUGCGUUACAGCACAAAACGUACUAUUCGGCGCACCUCGCCCAUUAUUGCAACUACUAGCCCGGCUGUAUUUGAUCCCAAUACACCUGGGCCUAGCGCCUCUUAUGCUGAACCAAGAGUUGGGAAAAGUGAAAAAGGAAGCCCCGCAAAGAAGAAAAAGAAAGAUGAAAAUCUUACGGUUGAUACUUAUUUAAAUAAGUUCACCUCUGAGGAUAAUGCAUCAUUCGAAGAGCUUGCACUGUUACAUAAAAAAAAAGAACAGAUCCGUAACGCGUGGAUGUAUGAAGCAGAAAAGAAGCAUAACCAAGAAUUGAUUACCCGAGGAAAUGAAUUAAUGAAGGCUGCUGAUGAACAAAUCAUGAUCUCUUUGGCUGCUGGAGCUGCCUCAGCAAAGCCUAAAGAACUUGAUAACUGGUCUUAUAAGGCGCGAAAUAUUGUGCAUUUCCACCCUGAAGAGGCACCGUUAACACUGGAGGAACAUCUUCAAAGACAGAAAGCAAAUCAAAGAAUCAUAAACAAAAUCGCUACUCGUUUUUCAGAAGAAGUCAACAAGGAGAAAAGACAGGUCACUGCAGUUAAGGGAAUGCUUCAACAGACGGUAAUGAAUGCAGGGAAGGUGGAUAUAACAGGGCGUGAAGCGGGUUCUAAGACGGGUAUAGUGGAACUAAUUGCUACCCCAUUACUAACUCCAGGUGUCGACGAAUCACCAUUUAUGACAUGGGGUGAAAUCGAAGGGACACCAUUUCGACUUGAUGCUUCAGAUAUGGCUACUCCAACUUCAGCCCCCGCUUUUAAGAUUCCCGAAGUACCUGUUAGGGAAAAAAUAGCUCAAAGUAUAGCUGAAACAAUUGCGAAACGUUACCAUGACAAACGGAAAAUUGCUAUACGACAAGUGGAAAAACAUCACGCGAAAACACCCAGCUUCGGUUCUAUUCGUACUUCUGAAAAGCUUACUACGAUGUCUCCUGCUGCAAGACGUCUUGCGGCGCAUGGACUUGGAAUUCGACUGAGUUCGGAUAGGGAAUUAAAAAUGAGUUUCAACUGCACACCUUCACGGUCGAGGACAUCACAUUCCAUAUCUUCGACUGGUACUCCAGGUUCACAGCUAUUAAGAAAAACACCAAGGAGAAAUAUAGAAGGCGUUAUCAGUCAUGCAAGUGCUAAUUCAUCCAUAACUGAUAAUUUGCUCAGUUUCGGACAGUCAAGUACUGAUGCUAUGAAAAAAAUCCGACCAUCCGCAGUUGAUUUCUUCUAA